UUUUUUUCAGAUUAAAUUGAGUAGCGAGUACGAGCAGGAGCAUCUGGAAUUCAAUUAAGAGAAAGGAAAUGAGUUACGACUCGUUACCUAGUCUGAAAACCUUGUUCGCUACUGUCACUGCUGGAGUGACAGGGACAUUGGUGUAUCACUACAUGAAAACUAAUUUCUUUGCUGUAAAUGAUGAAGAAAAUAUCAAAGUAUCGAUACAUGUUGAGGUUCCAAGGGACACAGUGGCAUACCUCAUUGGAAGGGGAGGUAAUAAUAUUAAACACAUAGAAGAAGAAACCUGCACUUCCAUAUCUUUCAUUGACCCAGGUGGCCCUUGCAGGUUGGGUGUGAUUAGGGGUAGCAAAGAAGGAGUACAGUUAGCUAAACUGCAACUUCUGAAAUGUGUUGAAGAAUACGGGCAGUUGGAAACCUCUGAAAUAUUUGUUUCUGAGAAAACCAUCGCCCUCCUGAGAUCGGAAGAAAGCAAAAAAUUGCGAGAAAUCGCAGCCUUAUCAAAAACAAGAAUCUACAUCGAUGGCAUUCAGGAAAAACCAAAGAGCUUACUUGUGAGAGGAACCUAUCAUCAGAUCGAAAAUGUCAGAGAAUGUCUGAAAGAAAUGGCCGCAGAAGAAGUGCGGUCAGAAACGGAAAUCGGCAACAAUUCGAUAGUCAAUUGCGUACCCAAUCCCAUGAAAACCAAACCCCAACAGAUGGAGAAAAUGAUUGACUAUGAGAAACUGGAACCUACCAGCUUUGAUGGAUUCUGUGAAGUGAUGGUAAGUGUCGUAGAAAGCCCGUCCAAAUUCUUCGUCCAAAAAGGUGGAACACUCUCCAAGGAAUUGGAUUGUCUCAUUGAUGAUUUGACAGAGUUUUAUUCUAAUGAAGACAAUCGGCUGCAGUACGCUGUACAAAAGUACGAAAUUGGCGAUUUGGUUGCUACUCUAAUACCUGAUGACAGCUGCUGGUAUCGUGCCAAAGUAGUUUCCAUUGAACCAGAUGAUGAAAGCGAAGAAGACGAAAGUAUCCUGUCGGUGAAUCUGGUUGAUUUUGGAGAUACAAUCGUCGUAAAGCAGAGCUUCGUUGCGAGUUUGCGCCCAGACUUCUUAUCCAUCCAGUUCCAAGCUAUUCAAUGUAGCAUGGCUUACAUUGAACCCAAAGGGGGUGUCGAGUGGACCGAAAAGGCUAUUGAAGCCUUCGAAACUUUGACUUAUUGCGCUCACUGGAAAAUUCUUAUGGCUCGUGUCGAGUUUAACUCUAGCGUAAACGGCAGGAAUGUUUACUCUUUAAAACUCGUCGAUACCAAUACGGAAAAAGAUAUUGAUAUUGCUACAGAAAUUGUACGAUUGGAAUUCGGAUCUGUAAUCACUCAAGAAUUGUCUAUGUGAUAUUUGUAGGCUGCCUUAUUUUACAAUUCAACUACCUUAUAACCGAGAAAUCUCCCAUCGGUGCCAACUUAUGACAUUUUUUUUAAGUGUAUGUUGAUUAGACUAGCGAAGCUCUUGGCAAUACCAAACCUAUAUUUGCAUUAUCAUUUAAAUUAACAUGAAGAAUUUCGAAUGAGUAUGUGGCCAUUAGCUGAGAAAAUGCUGAGGAUGGGUGGCUGAAUAAAACUGUAAAUGAGAAAAUUA